AUGUGCAUAAUUAGCGCCCUUUCACCUCCACCCAAUCACGAGAGGACGAACAUACAGACGAGCAGCAACGAAGCUCACGUCUUUUGUGUGAGCUCAAAUAAAACGACAAAUCACAUUGUUCUGAUUGCUCAUUUGUCCAUGUCUUGUCUGUCCGUGUGCCGCUGGGGUCAUCGCGGCGUAAUGGGUCGGGGAUGGCGCAAGACUGCCUCCGAGUUGAGGCCAGUUUCCACGCGUCCCCGCAGGGGGCCAGGUCAACAUGAUUGGUGCUUUCGAGAUGUUUGCUCUGACCGCCUCGUUGGGUUGGGUUGGGUCGACUCGGAAGAGUGUAUCAGUAAGCCGGCAACUCAAGUGGCCCGCCGACUUUGUCCCACCCGCCGGGACACGGAGCUGGACUGUUGA